GGCGCAGACAGUGCUGACUGACCCGGGCCUCCCGCAGCUGGUUCGGAGGUGCCAGCCCCUCUGCGUUCGUGCAUGGAGGGGCGCGCGAAACCCAAGGGCUCGUCCCGCAGCAUGCCCUGGGCGGCCGUGCUGUUCCGCGGCCCCGUGGAGCCCGUCGUCUUCCUGGCCAACUUUGCCGUGGUCCUGCAAGGCCCGCUCACCACGCAGUACCUGUGGCACCGGUUCAGCACCGAGCUCGGCUACAAUGGCACGCGCCACAGGGGAAACUGCGGGAACCAAAGCGCGGAUCCCGUCAUGCAGGAAGUGGAGACCCUGACUUCCCAUUGGACCCUCUACAUGAACCUGGGCGGCUUCCUGGUGGGACUUUUCUGGUCCACCCUUCUGGGAGCCUGGAGUGACCGUGUGGGUCGCCGCCCACUGCUGGUGCUGUCCUCUCUUGGCCUGCUGGUCCAGGUCGUGGUGUACAUCUUUGUGGUGCAGCUGCAACUGCACGUUGGCUUCUUCGUGCUUGGCCGAGCCCUUUGUGCCCUUCUAGGAGACUUCAAUGGCCUCCUGGCCGCUAGCUUUGCCUCUGUGGCGGACGUCAGCUCUAAACACAGUCGCACCUUCCGCAUGGCUCUGCUGGAAGCAUGCAUUGGUGUGGCUGGGACCCUGGCAAGCCUUCUUGGGGGUCAUUGGCUCCGGGCCCAGGGUUAUGCCAACCCCUUCUGGCUGGCUUUGGCCCUGUUGAUCGUCUUGACUCUGUAUGCAGCAUUCUGUUUUGGUGAGACAGUGAAGGAGCCAAAGUCCACCAGGCUUUUCACGCUCCGCCAUCACCGAUCCAUUUUCCGGCUGUAUGCGGUCCCAGCCCCAGAGAAGUCCAGGAAGCAUCUAGCCCUGUACUCAUUGGCUAUCUUCGUUGUUGUCACUGUGCACUUUGGGGCCCAAGACAUCAUGACGCUGUAUGAGCUGAGCACACCCCUCUGCUGGGACUCCAAGCUGGUUGGCUACGGCUCGGCAGCCCAGCACAUACCCUACCUCACCAGCUUGGUAGGCCUAAAACUUCUACAGUACUGCCUGGCAGACACCUGGGUGGCUGAGAUCGGCCUGUUCUUCAACAUCCUGGCCAUGGUGGUCUUUGCGUUUGCCACCACCACACCCCUCAUGUUUACAGGAUAUGGCUUGCUUUUCCUGUCACUGAUGAUUACACCUGUCAUCCGGGCCAAGCUUUCCAAGCUGGUGAGCGAGUCGGAGCAUGGUGCUCUCUUUUCUGCGGUGGCCUGUGUGAACAGCUUGGCCAUGUUGGUGGCCUCUAGCGUCUUCAACUCGCUCUACCCAGCCACUCUGAACUUCAUGAAGGGCUUCCCCUUCCUCCUGGGAGCUGGCCUCCUCUUCAUCCCAGCCAUUCUGAUUGGGGUACUGGAGAAAGCUAUUCCACAUCCUGAAUUCCAGCAGUUUCCGCAGAGCUCCUGAUCCGCUCGAGGCCAUGGAACAGUGGACCCACACCAGCCAGCCCUCUGAGGGCGGUACUCACUUUGGACAGGGUGGUCAAGCCAGUGAUGGGCAUCAUCUGGUCUCCCACUGAGCCAGUCCCUGCAUAGGAUCUAUAGUCUUGACCAGGAUACGCCCACUCAGUGCAGGCUGCAGGGAGCCAUUUGAGGCAAGGGUGUUUUUUUUUCCCCCCCUUUUAAGCUAUUUGUGAUUCAGAAGCCUCCAAAAUGAAGGAGACAGCACUUCAGGGACCACCUGAAGCAUGGGGACCGACCUCUCCUUCCAGCCCAUGGGACUAGGUCCGUGAUGAGUGCUGUGGCCUCCAGUCACCCUAAUGAUAAGUGUGGUACCUGUGGGGAGACUUGGUCCCAGAGGGAGAAGCACUGUCUGUGUAUGGGAAUUAGCCCUUGACCUCAGCCUAUCCACCGUGACCUCAGCCUGUUCACCUUUGACCUCAGCCUGUCCACCGUGACCUCAGCCUGUCCAUCGUGACCUCAGCAUGUUCACCUUUGACCUUAGCCUAUCCACCCUGACCUCAGUCUAUCCACCCUUGACCUCAGCCUAUUCACCUUUGACCUCAACCUGUCCACCCUUGACCUCAGCCUGUUCACCUUUGACCUCAGCCUAUCCACCCUUGACCUCAGCCUAUUCACCUUUGACCUCAGCCUGUCCACCGUGACCCCAGCCUAUCCACCCUUGACCUCAGCCUGUCCACUGUGACCUCAG